AACUCUGCAUGAUGAGCCACACAGAAGGUGAAGCUUUGGCCUCCCAACAACCUGCAGUGUCACGUGGAGGGUCAAAGGUCAGAUUAGAGAGAGUGGCCCUGCUGUUUCUCGCUGCUCUUUUGGGUGCAGCUAUCAUGGUUAUCUAUCGUCUCUGUGUGGACAACACUCAAACCAGGAGAAGUUUCAAUGAACUGAAAGAUGAGAAUGAAGCUUUGAAGAAAAAUUUUACAGGUAGGAGUUUGACACUUUCUACAAAGUCCUGUCCACAUUUCUCAUGCAGCUCUGCAAUGUUACCCUACUUCAAAGGUGAUUCAUGCCUGAAAUGUGACAAACACUGGGAGCAACAUUUAGGAAAGUGUUAUUAUUUCUCCACCAAACGUUCAUCCUGGGAAGACAGCAGACGUUUCUGCCAAGGCCGAGGAGGAGACCUGGUGAAGAUAGACAGCAGGGAGGAGCAGGAAUUCUUAGAGAAGAAAGUGUUAGACAAAAUGAGGAAUGAUGAAGACAGGUUCUGGAUCGGACUGACAGACUCAAAGGAAGAGAACAAAUGGAUUUGGGUGGACGGUUCACCGCUGAACACAAGUUUGUCUUUCUGGUUCGAAGGUGAGCCAGACAAUUGGAAAGACUUAGGGACAGAUCCUGCAGGAGAGGACUGUGUGGGAAUAGGAGAGAGAGGAGGAGCCAAAGACCUGAAGAGCUGGUUUGAUAGACAAUGCAAAGGUGAUCACAGAAGUAUUUGUAAGAAACCAGCGCAAACUGGACGUCUUCAUGUGUGUGUCUGA